ACCUGCUCGCUAUAAAUACCAACAUAUAGAAUUAAUCAAAUUCCAAUUAUAUUCAAAAAGAAGAACUAAAUAGGACAAUUCUGUCUAGGCAAUUUAUGGCUACUCAUCGAGUUGUCUUCCUUGCUCUCUUCCUUUUAUCCGGAAUACUUUUACUAGGAAGUACAGUGGAAUCAGCAGCUGACAAGGGUUGUUCAAGGAAUUGUGAUACAGAAGUAGAUUACAUGGUUUGCCCAUCAGGUGGAGAGACGAUAACUAGAAAUGUAUGUACCAACUGUUGCUCAGCACAGAAAAGUUGCAAACUUUUCCGUAGUGAUGGAUCUGUAAAAUGUUCUGGCCGGUCUUAGGAUUUGUCAGUAUAAUGUACUACUAUUAGCUAGAAUGGUCACUGUUUAAAUAUUCGUGCAAUAAGGUUGAGCCUGUACAUAUAUGCUCCUACUGCAUGUGUCUUAUGUAAUAAGUGUGGUAGUUGCCAUUCCUAGCUAGCUUGUUUAAUUAAGCAUUGCAAGGCAUGAUGACUAUUAGUCAUCUUGUAUUAUGUAUGAAAACUGUUUUUUUCAUUAAGUUGGUACAUUUCAAAAUUCAGUUCA